AUGGCUUCUGCUCAAUCUUUCCACAACUACCCCCAGUCCUCCUACCCAAUCAACAUGCCCCAGAAGCCUGGCUUCUUUUUCCCCAACCAACAACCCGCCUACGGACGCAUGGUGGGAUCACCACCCGAAGCCCCAAACAGCGUUACAACGUCUGGUGUGCCGUCGUACGAGCCAUCCGCGACCUCGAGCAACUAUGCUGGCAGUGCAAGCGAUUACGAUUCAACCAGCGGCGCCGCCAGCGUCGAUCUCCUCGACUACAUGGGUAGCCGUGUAAUUGGCUCUUUCGACCCCAUGCCACUCGACCGCAGUUUGGCAAAGCAAGCCCAAACAUCCGGUGAACUGAAUGCUAAGCACCGCGAACUUCUCGAGUUGCAAGCACUGGCACAGCGACGAUUGGCUGGCGCCCGCAUGAACUUUGCGGAUGGCAUGAAAGCCGCGAAAGAAGUGCAAAAGGACUUGCAAUGGACUCAGAAGCGGGUCGAUUCACUGAACAACCGAGCCGCACGCAAAUACCCAGAGCAAUUCCGCGCCGCACAAAGCAAAUACCCAGCACCCGUCGACUAUUAG